UAUGAAUGGGUGAACGGGACUAGGCUAUCUCUGCCUUCCACUGUAGACUACAGAGCUAUUGGAAUAGCAGGUGUCCACUGGAACCAGCUUUUCCCACUAGGCUUUAUAUCGGCAGUUGUUGAGGUCGAAAUCGACCUGUGAUUUCGAUUGAUUUUUUUUCGAUACAGUUGAACGUUUUGGAUUUUGUAUUAGCCCACCAGGACCAGGUUAAGUGAUUUUUUUUGACAGCUGAAGGGAGGCGAGAUGGAUAAAAUAGUGUCCAGACAUCUCCCGGGGAAUCCAAGGUUUCUACCUAUGUCGAAUCACUGGGUAUUGAAGUCUCUACUGGAGAACCCCAUGAAACUACCCCUCGUCCUCCAACAACAUGAACAACAACAUGAAGGAUUUGAGAAGGAGCAAGAGAAGGAGAAGAAGUUGGAUGAGGAGAGGAGUGCCCCCCAGUCAGCCUUCCUGGGGCCCACACUGUGGAACAAGACUCUCCCAUACGAUGGAGACAACUUCCAGCUGGAGUACAUGGAUCUGGACGAGUUCCUGUCGGAAAACGGCCUCCCCUCUGAACUCACCACCUCCACCCACCCCAACCAGUACCAAUCACAGUCCCAGCACCAGACGCCAAUCAUGUCACAAGCCUUGCCCUCGGUGAUCGACCUUAGCAACCAUGCCAGCGCAUCGACGUCGGUACACACAAGCAUGGGCGCACAGAACUGUCUCCCUAGCCUCGCCAGAGCAGCCCUGCCGUCCAGAAACACUCCCAGCCCCAUCGACCCAGAGUCCAUCCAGGUGCCGGUGAGCUAUGUGCCUGACCCUGCUGACUUGGUUUUGUCCAGCGUACCGGGACAGGAGAUGUUCGACCCCCGCAAACGCAAGUUUGCCCCCGAGGAGCUCAAACCACAGCCCAUGUUCAAGAAGGCCCGCAAGGUGUUAUUGCCAGAUGACUUGAAGGAUGACAGGUAUUGGGUGAGGCGUAAGAAGAACAACGUGGCUGCCAAGAGGUCACGUGACGCCCGUCGACUCAAAGAAAACCAGAUCGCCAUCCGAGCGGGUUUCCUGGAGAAGGAGAACUCCGCCCUGAAAAUGGAGGUGGCCGAUCUGAGAAGAGAGCUUGGGCGCACAAAGAACAUUGUGGCCGAGUACCAGGCCACACAGGGGCCUCUGUAAUGGGACUGAGACAGAAUACACUCACAAACAUGGAGAAUACACAAACACGCACACACACACACACACACACACACACACACACACACACACACACACACACACACACACACACACACACACACACACACACACACACACACACACACACACACACACACACACACACACACACACACACACACACACACACACACACACACCCGGCCCUGUUGCCCAGGCCCUCAUUCAUCCCUGAACACCCCCAGAAGCAUGAGGUUGAGAGGCUGAGCUUACACCUGCCUGAGGCUACCACCCGAUCAAUGUCCUCCCUGCUCGAAAACUGGCCCCACACACAACCUAGGAACUGCCUCCUACCAUCUCACAACUCGUAUCAAGAGAUUGAAGGACAAAAUUAUUUAGGCUCAGUAGCACAUUUCUACUCAUUUUCUAUACCAUAUAUUUCAUCCUCAUCCAUGUCUCUCUGUGAUUGGCCCUUGUGAGGGAAAGCAAGUAGCUUUCUGUACCGUCUAUGAGUAAGAAACGGAAUGGGUUUAUUUUAUUUCCGAUCUGUGUGUGUUUUUCAUUUGGUUAUUUUCUUUCUGAUGUAGUGUAUCUGUCCACACGUGGCGUUUGUGUUAUUUUCUGCAUUUUUCAUGGCUUUUUCUGUGGUGUGUUAUUUUCUUAUGAAUGUGUAUGUUGAAUCUUUUGUUACCUACCCUCCUCCCACUCCCUUGAUUCAUAACGUCUGUGAUUCAUAACGUUCUUGAUUCAUAACGUCUGUGAAUCAUCUUGUGUUAAUGGUUGCUUCGGUUUUUCUCUGGUUUCCAUAGUGUAAAUGUCAUUUGAGACGUCUCCCCCUGACGUUACCUGUCCCACUUUAUCCACCUCCCUCCCCGUCUUCUUCUCCAACAGAUAUAAGCUGUUUGUAACGUGUAAACAAUCACUGCACUGCUCAUACUUUAAAACCUCUCCCAGGCCUACAUACCGCUAGCCUGGGUAUCCGACUGUUUCUGCAUUAAGCAACGCUACGUUGUUGCCUUAGUGAGGCGACAACAUGGAGGAUAAAGCAGAGACAGACCCGGCCGCCAAGCUAUUAUGAUGUCAGUGUCAUCGUUCUCAUGUUCUUCUUAUAGCAGUGUUAUGUAUAACAAAGGUUUGUUUCUAGUUCCUUGUCACCAGAUUACUCUGUUGAACAGAACAAGUUCGGGAAGCUAAAGCAAUAAGGCAGUAUAAGCUCUUGGUCUCCUCUCUACCAAGCCUACUGUCACAGACACGCAUGGACCUGCCCUCUUUAUUUUAGCACGUAACCAAUUUGUAAUUGCUUUUAUUAGGUGAUAUUAUGAUAUUUAUGUCUUUACAUAAAAUCAGGCAUGAUUCUAUUUGUUGUUCAAGCAUUCAAAUGUGAACAUUAUCAGCAUCUGUGCAGUAGGCAAUAGUUUUUAUUGUGUUCUUUUUCUUUUGUCAGGCAUGACUUCUCGGUGUCAUGUUCUUGUCUACAGAGGUUGUCCGUAUUAGGACUGCCUCUCAGUCCUGCCGAGAUUGAAAGAAUUCCUGCUGAGAAUGAGGCUGUCCUAAUAUUAACACCGUACAGAUGCUCUCCCCAUGACCCAAUGAGAGAUGAAUGUAACAGAUGUACUACUGUAUAUAACAACUCAACACAGUGUACGUUGGGCAAAUGAAUGGUGUUGCCUAUACAGUACUUUGGAAUAUACCCACAUCACUUUAUAUAUCUCUUUACUACAGACCAAAAGAUUACAGUAUAGAAAGUACAUGUUAAUAUAUGAAAGGUUUUGUUGUUUUUACAAAGAUAUUCUUGUUUUUGUACAGUAUUUUUUUCCGUACAUAUAUCUCCUGUGUAUUUAAAAAAUGAACUAUGUAUAUUCAGAACUUAUUCACCUCCACCGAUGCUGUUUGUCAGAUACUUUGCAUGGGCAUUACUCAAGACAACCUACAGACCAUAUGAAAGUGACAGGCUGUUUUACAGACCAUAUGAAAGUAACAGGCUGUUUUACAGACCAUAUGAAAGUAACAGGCUGUUUUACAGACCAUAUGAAAGUGACAGGCUGUUUUACAGACCAUAUGAAAGUAACAGGCUGUUUUACAGACCAUAUGAAAGUAACAGGCUGUUUUACAGACCAUAUGAAAGUGACAGGCUGUUUUACAGACCAUAUGAAAGUGACAGGCUGUUUUACAGACCAUAUGAAAGUGACAGGCUGUUUUACAGACCAUAUGAAAGUGACAGGCUGUUUUACAGUCCAUAUGAAAGUAACAGGCUGUUUUACAGACCAUAUGAAAGUGACAGGCUGUUUUACAGACCAUAUGAAAGUGACAGGCUGUUUUACAGACCAUAUGAAAGUGACAGGCUGUUUUACAGACCAUAUGAAAGUGUAGUCAGUCUCACUCUUUAACCCCUCAUGCCCACCACAGACAAACUCAAAACGCUUUGCUGUUUUCGUUUUGAAAAGUUGUGUAUGUUUUGUUGCGUUGUUUCUUUGGUUUUCAGAAGCAGAAGCUCUGUAGUCUAAGAGGAAGAUUGAUAUUGGCAUCCCCUUUUUUGAAUUCUUAUUUGUAUUGUAUGUAGUUUUGUCAUAGAAGAAGAAAGUCAAAUCCCAACAACAAGCGCUUAUGUUAUGUCUCUUCUUAAUUUCUCCCUUUAGUGUGAUGAUUCCUACUUUCCUCUUGGUGUAGGGUUCACUAGACAGAAUACUUAUAUGCUGAUAUGUUCAAAUCUGUGUUUUUCCAAGUAUUCCUCCCUUGUCUUUUGUUUGUUUUUCAUGAUCAAAAUAAAACUGUUGAAAUCA